GCGCCUCAGAAUUUUCAGAAGAGAGCAGACCGCCACCGAAGCACACAAGCAGCGUCGUCAGGGCGUGAAGGCACCACCGAAUCUCGGGAGCAGCGGCUAUGGCGAGGUUCAACCCAUACGAGAACAACGGCGGCACGUGCUUGGCCGUCGCCGGCGCCGACUACUGCGUCGUCGCCGCCGACACCCGCCUCUCCAUCGGUUACAGCAUCCUGUCCCGCGACCACUCUAAAAUCUCUCAGCUGUCAGACAAAUGUGUUUUGGCUUCAUCUGGGUUUCAAGGUGAUAUCAAAGCUUUGCAGAAGGCUCUGGCUGCUAAGGAAUUAAUCUAUGAACACAAUAAUAACAAGAAGAUGAGCUGCCCAGCAAUGGCUCAACUUCUGUCAAACACACUCUACUACAAGAGAUUCUUCCCAUACUACGCUUUCAAUGUGUUGGCCGGACUGGACACCCAAGGUAAAGGAUGUGUCUUUACAUACGAUGCUGUUGGGUCUUAUGAGAGGACAGGCUAUAGUGCUCAGGGAACAGGUUCAGCGUUGAUGAUGCCUGUUCUUGACAACCAGUUGAAAUCCCCUAGUCCUCUCCUACUGCCAGCUCGGGAUGCAGUGACACCCUUGUCUGAAUCUGAUGCGGUUGAUCUGGUGAAGGACGUUUUCGCAUCAGCCACUGAACGAGACAUAUACACUGGAGAUAGAUUGGAAAUUGUGGUCAUCAACAAAUCUGGCACACACCGAGAGUACAUUGAACUGAGAAAGGAUUAGUGCAAUAUUCCUGUAUAAUGGCACAUUAGCACUAUCGUUGUUAUGCAUAAGGAUAUUUGUUCUCACUGUCAGGUUUCUGUAUUUGAAUUUCGUCUAAACAGAAAGGUGCAUUUGAAUUUCCAUUCUGUUGAUUCUAGCAGGAAAUGAUUAUAAAGAGGUCGUAAUUCAUCAUUU